ACCAUUUCACAAAACCCAAGCAGCUCCCCAUUCAAUCCUUCCCUCUGGAGGUUUAUCAAAGAGACGACGACGACGACAAUGCAGAGAUUCUGCACUAAGCUGCGUUCGAUUUCCCUCCACCCAAAUCUGAACCUCUCUUUAACCAGUGUUCCUCGCCGUCUCAUCCACCACUCUCCGAGUCCUCGGUCAACCCUAGGUUUAGGUUUCGCAACGACGACCAAAUGGAGCUUCGUUUCUCCGUCGAAUCCUCCUACCUCCAUCGGAUCUCUCUCCGUUCCUCAUUAUUUUGUUCAAGUAAGGAAUAUCACUUCCAAGGAUAAAAUGGCGAAAUGGAAGAAGAAGUGGAGACCUAGGACUCCAAUCACAUCCAAAGUCAAGAAAGUCAAGAUCAAGUUUUACUCGUCAUACAAAGACAGGUUUAGACCACUGAAUGAUGGUACCAUCCGUCGCUGGAAAGAAGGCAAGCGCCACAACGCACACUUGAAGUCAAAGAAAUCAAAACGUAGAUUGAGACAGCCUGGACUAGUACCACCAGCAUAUGCCAAAGUCAUGAAGAAACUCAAUUUCUGCAAUUGAGAGAUAGAGAAUGAAACUGUUCAAUCUCUCUUCCAAAUUUCCAGAUAAUUGUCUUUUAGCUGGUACCCAGGGGUUUAACCAAACUUUAGUUCUUUUUUGUUUUUGUGUUUCAGUUUUAACCUUAGCACAAAGUAAUAAAAUUGUCAUUUUUGG